UCCCAUGCACGAGCCUGUGGUGCAGCCAUGUGUUUUCCACCUUCUCCAACAUGUCGAUCUGGUGAGAAGCUGCGAGUUUAGAAUCGACCGGACCAAUAACAUCUGAGACAUCAGCGUAAGCAUGGAGCCUUCAUCAGCAGCUUCGAGCCUCAGGGAGAAAAGAAGGAGAGUCUCCUCCACAGCACACGAGAUGGCCAAGAGAUUAAAAACUGAGCUGGAAGGAGCGGGGGCACAUCCAGUCCGUUCACCGAGGAUCUCCGUGCCGCUCGACCGCCUCCAACAACCAAUUACACUGAAUGAGCUGACAGAGCUGCUGCAUUACGCCGCUCUGGGGAAAACAGGUGGCAUCCAACAACCCAGUUGGUGUCGUCUCCACCACCAGAGGAAGGUUAAAGGUGUGAAUGUUGUAAUCGUGGAGGGUCUGACCCAGAGUCACUUUUACAAACACUACCUCACGCUGCGACACCUCAGAACCAACUAUAGCUCUAGGAUCACCUUCAGUCCACCAUCUCAGAACGUGGCGUCUGGAAUCUUCAGCACGGAGGUUCCUAAGUCAGACGCUCCAUCACUUUCAAAAACACACAAGGAAAACUGUGAAAUACCCAAAGCUGUGAAGUUUCACCCAGUAAUCACCAAGUUUGGGACACGGCCCAGAGGACUGACAGCGUAUCUACUCACCCAGGAGGAGUUGAUCCAGAAGAAGUACCCCUUCAGAGGAAUGCCUGGGUUUGAGGACUUUGUGUGCACAGACAGUGUUGAUUGUGUGACUGACAGCAGCCCUCUGUACGGACUCGACUGUGAAAUGUGUCUGACGGAAAAGGGAAACGAGCUAACUCGUGUCUCUCUGGUGGACAGUGAUGGAAACUGUGUCCUGGACGAUCUGGUGAAACCUGAGACCCGCAUCCUCAACUACAUGACAAAGUUCUCUGGUAUCACCGCAGCAAUGUUGCGACCAAUCACAACCACCCUGAGGGACGUUCAGGCAAAGCUCAGGGCUCUGUUGCCGCGGGAUGCUGUUCUGGUGGGACAUUCGAUAAACUUCGACCUUGUGGCUCUGAAACUGAUUCACCCGCAUCUAAUCGACACAGCACUUCUGUACAGGAAAGAGUUUGGACAGAAGUUUAAGCUCAAGAUCUUGGCCGAGACGAUACUGAAGAGGCAAAUACAAACUGAAGAGAUGAAGGGUCAUCAUCCCACUGAGGAUGCUGUGGCAGCCCUGGAGCUGGCCCAAUACUUUAUUAAAACAGGACCUUGUCAGGUUGUGGAGCAUCACCUGGAGGAGCUGUGGGGAUACACAAUAGAGGAGGAGUUCCCUGACCCUCCUGCAGCCACACCGAGUCACAGGUUUGCAGACAUAUUACAGACGUUUGGCCGGUCAGUUGCCUUUAUAGGGAAGCGUUCUGACGUAGAUCUGGAUUUGUCCCAUCAGCAGUGGCACAACUCUGACAAAGAGGUGUUGGCCUCUUUCAGGAGACAGACCGAGUGUCCGUUCCUCUCAGUGCUCCAGUUCUCGUCUGUCUCAGACCACCUGAAGCGCUGUGUCCCUCAUCAGGAGCGGCAGUACCAGAGAGUGUGUGCAAACCUCCGUGACAUGUGUGUAGUCUUUGCUGGGCCGUUUCCAGCGGGUUUCUCCGAGAAGGAGGCGAAGCAGCAUUUUCGGCGCUGUGGACCAGUUCGGAAAAUCAAAAUGCUGAGCACAAGCGGUGGAGUCCAUGCAGAGGUAGAGUUCGAGCUGCUGGAGGGAGCGGCGCUGGCUUUAAAAACUUUAAAUGGGCUCAGUUUGCAGGGACAGUCCAUCAAGGUGCAGAGGCCUGUUUAUGAGUCGAUGCUGGACGUGGAUCUGACUCUUGACGCUUUGACGCAUGACGUCCUCAACACCAGUCACCUCUACGCUGUUAAAUCAAAGCCCAGUGUGACUGAGCGCAUAAACAAUUCUGCAAAGAUCAAUGGAAACACAUUCAAUGCAAAGUGUCCAGGUGCAACGAGUGUUAAAACCGCAAAUGGGUCGCACUCUGCUAAAGUGAACGAUAAACGGUUGCAGCCUGAACUGUCUGAGGAAACAGUCAGAGAGACGUUUGGUCACUUUGGAGCCGUGGAGAGAAUCAUCCUGCCCGCUAAGCCUGGAAAACAUACAAGACACGCCUACAUAAAGUUUGAGAGUUCAGAGGUCAAACACGCAGCCCUCAGCUCCUCUGAUGAUUCCCGCACAGAGGACUACAUCAUCUGUCCAUCCCUGACUCCGCCCCACUUGCGCUCAUGGGUCGCCCUGACAACAUCUGCAGUGGAUACUGAGGGGGAGGGGGAGGGGAGUGGCCACAUGCACAUCAGUUCUCAGGACCAGGAGAUUGAGCUUGUGAUGGGGAAGCUGGACCGCUGCCUGGGGAAGCUCUUUAGAUCUCUCCCAGAAUGCACCUUGUCUGUGGUCGUGCUGCUUGGACACGACAGUGCUGAUGACCAACGUCCUGGUCUGUGUUUAAUGGAGAUUAAGUCUGGGUCCAGGUGAAGGAACAAGGAACAAAAUAUCUUCCACUGCAACAACAACUUCCUCCUGUGAAUCAAACCAAUGACAAAAAAUUAAAUGAUUUUCUGACCUCCUUUACAGCAGAGUUGCAUAUUUAUACAGAAUAAUAUACUUUUCCAUUGGGAACAUGUAUAUUAAAGACAAGUUCUAAU